AUGAACCUAAACUCCUCGCCUAACCCAAACGUCAACACUAGGAGAGGUUCCAGCAAGCCCACUAAAGGCAAACGCUCCGAAAACGCGAAUCCUACAAUUCCCACUGAAGAGAUUGCCUCUGAGAACAUGAGUUUGGAGUUUCGUCGGCUUAGACAAAAAAUGGAUGAACAACAUUCGGAUAUCAACUUGCUCAGAAUUGACUUUCUGGAUGUUAAGCAGCACUUGGCCAGUGUGACAAAACUGAUGGAAAGGUUGGAGGCGCAGAAGAAGAAAAUAAAUGGCCAGGCCUAUGAAAUAAGCAUUCUCAAGACUUCUCUGGCGGAAUCACGGUACGCACUGAACCUGCAAGAACAAAAUUACCUAAAAAACGAGUUAGAGAUCGCGGGUGUACCAGAAUCGGAAGGUGAAAACCCACACCACAUAGCCCUUGUUACAGCUACAAAGCUGGGAGUGGACCUCUCGGCCGCGGACAUUGAUUUCGUUCACAGGACUGGUACUAGACAGAACAACUCUGGGAACAAGAAUCACCUGCCGCGAACCAUUGUUCUGCGCCUGAACAGACGCUCAAAGCGCGAGGAGAUUAUUAAAGCUGCAAGGAGCCGCCGUAAUCUUAAUAGCGAGGACAUAUCAUCAGGCCCGGUCACCAGAAUAUAUGUUGAUGAAAGAUUAACAAAGGCGAACCGCCUGUUGUUUCGUGAGACUAGAACCCGCGCCCUACAGUAUGGAUUUCGCUAUUGCUGGGUUAACAAUGGCUAUGUCCACGUUCGCCAGGCCGAGAGAAAACCUUCCAUUCACAUUAAGUCACUCGAAGAGCUGGACCGACUGGUUGGACCAUCUCAAGCCAAGGUCUCACAACCUCCUGAUGAGUGA